AUGUUCUCGAGAGAGUGGUGGAGGAAGCGCUCCUUGCGAGUGCGCGAUGACAAGGUCACAAAGGCAGCCGAACUCUCCCUCCGAGAAUCCCUCCUUCCCCUCUGCCUUGUCACCAUCCUCUUCUUCCUCUGGGGUUUCAGCUAUGGCCUGCUUGACACCCUGAACAAGCACUUCCAGGAGGUACUCCACAUUACAAAGGGGAGAUCUGCUGGUCUUCAAGCCGCUUACUUUGGUGCCUACCCCCUCGCCUCCCUCGGCCAUGCCGCCUGGAUCCUUCGCCGCUUCAGCUACCGUGCCGUCUUUAUCUGGGGCCUCUUCCUCUAUGGCCUCGGCGCCCUUCUCGCGAUCCCAUGCAUCAAGGCCAAGUCCUUCGCCGGCUUCUGUGUUUGCAUCUUCAUUAUCGGCAACGGCCUGGGCUCUCUCGAGACGGCCGCCAAUCCGUACAUCACUGUAUGCGGGCCGCCCAGAUAUUCGGAAAUCCGCAUCAACUUCGCCCAAGCUUUCAACGGUAUUGGUACCGUCGUAGCCCCUGUCCUCGGAUCGUACGUCUUCUUCGGUUUCGACGACAAUGUCGCCCUCCAGAACGUGCAGUGGGUGUACACGGCCAUCGCCAUCUUUGUCUUUAUCCUUGCCAUCAUCUUCUACCUCAUCGAACUGCCCGAGAUCACCGACGCAGACAUGCAGCACCAGGCUGCUGAAACCCAUGCUGGCGAUGCCGACCAGCCAUUCAGAAAACAAUACCGCCUCUUCCACGCUUCGUUUGCCCAGUUCUGCUACACAGGCGCGCAGAUUGCCAUCGCUGGUUACUUCAUCAACUACGUGACGGAAACACGCAAGGACACCGACUCCGCCUUGGGAGCUCAAUUCCUAGCUGGUGCCCAGGGGACCUUCGCCAUAGGCCGCUUCGCCGGGGCAGCCAUCAUGCACUUCAUCCGCCCGCGCAAGGUUUUCCUCCUCUUCCUCACUGCAUGCAUCAUCUUCAUCGCCCCUUCGAUUACCCAGAGAGAAAACACGGGCAUGUCCAUGCUCUACGUCACCCUCUUCUUCGAGUCGAUCUGCUUCCCCACCAUCAUGGCCCUAGGUAUGCGCGGGCUCGGUAGGCAUACCAAGCGCGGGUCAGGCUUCCUUGUCGCUGGUGUCUUUGGUGGCGCCGUGGUCCCCCCGCUGAUGGGCGCCGUGGCGGAUAUGCAUGAUACGGCGAUGAGUAUGGUUGUUCCACUGGCCUUCUUUUCUGUGGCGUGGACGUAUGCGCUUGCCGUCAACUUUUGGCCGUGGUAUAGGGAUACUUGCGAUGCGUUUACUACGGCGGAGAUUGGUGUGAGGGAGAGGGAGGAUGGUGUUGUUGGCAAGUCGGUCGUGGACGAGGAGGAAGCCGUGGGGAUGGAAAGGCAGACAGUCGGGGAGAAGGGGCUGUAG